UGGAUUCAAAAUCUGAAAUAAGUACUAUGAAAUCUGAGAAAAUCAAAUUACAACGUUCAUAAUACUAUUGGCAAUUCACCGUUUACUAACAAUAAUGAAAUGACUGGUGUACUGAGAAUUGAUUCCGAUGCGACAGUUGGCGGACUUUUCAAACUUCGACUGCAGCGGAAGUUUCGAAAUUUUGGUGCAUGUAAAUCCACAGAAUUUGCCUCUGAUGAUAUCAGUAGGGUGUGUCCAAGGGGGAGCGUGUUUAAGUUCAGAUCUCGAAAAUUCGAAAGCUUGUUCUCAGGUCGGUUUCUUGUUUGCUAUAUAACGUAGAUCUAAUAGUAUUAUCUCCAUAAAUCCAUAAUAAAAUAAUUAGUAAUUAGUUGUAUUUCGGUUGACCUUAAGUUCAGUCGUCAUGUGAAUACAGUCAGCAAAGUAAGUAGUGCUAAAGGAAAUAUAACCUACUCGCUGAAGUAAGGCCAGCAAUUUCAUCAAUUUUAAAUUGUUGCUUCUCAUCUCAACAUCAUUUCAUGUGUGCUCUUUAAUCUCAAUUGGUGAAGUUAUCAAGUGAUUUCACUCGUUAUUUCUGUCAGGUUUGACAACUCCCGGUAGAAAUUAUGUUCUGUUUUAUAUGCGCAGCUACAUAGCAAAACAAUUAACGCAUUAGUUUGUAGAUGUCAUGAUAUUUCCGAAAUCACCAGUUCUUAGACACUAAGGAUUAGUUCAAAUCUGCACACGGACGAUUAUAUUUGUUUUAAUUCAACUCAUGUGAAUUGUUUUACUUCGGUUUCAUUUGGUUUGAAAUAACGGAUACAUUUAUUAUACUGGUGAUUAUUAAAAAGCUAUAUAAAAGCUGAUAUAAAAAUAGAAGUGGUAUCUUUUAGUUUGUUCAUCUUGGUGUGUUUAUUGUGUUUACAAAGAUUGGUGAAACGCCCAUCUCUUUAAGUCUUCAGAGCUAACGUGUAGUGGUAUAUUUGUAUAGAUUAGUAUUUAUCAGUCUGUCACAGUAAGAUUUAGGAUUUACACAUUCUUUUACGGGUGAAUCAGUGAAUGAUAGCAUAAGUCAUUUCCUGUAAACAAUGAAAAGUUGCGAAUUUCAUGAUACUUUCUCGGGAUUGAAACGUUUCUUUCACUCGUCAUCAGUCAUGAAUUGCCUACAAUUCUUCUGGAGUUAUUAGCUCCAACUUUUGUUUUGAGUUAAAAAUUUUCCAACUUCUUAAAAGUGGUAAAUUACUGAUUUGAUUAUUUGUGGUGAAAUGAGAAAAAUAUUUUAAUCUCUAGCUUAAUCAUUAUUCUGUUUGCAGGCAAGCUGCCGUCGUGUUGCUAACCAUUGCUCAAACCUUCUUGAUGCAGUGCUAAUAUUCAAAACAUGGUUCAUUCAAAGGCAAAGCGAUCUUCCAUCCACAAACCCCGAGACAGAUAUUAAAUCCAAUGGUGACGUUAGUAUCCUACCCUAUAAUAAUAUAACUAAUGGUCAGCAACCAGUUUUACUCAAUCAAAUAAAUCAACAUUCAAGUUAUGUUGAACGAGAUUGGGUGAUGAUGCACGCCAAAAGAACAGAGAGUCAGUUAGAUCGUCUCCGAAAUUCGGUUGUUGGUAUGCGUGCUCAGCUUCAAGCUGGACUACGCCACAAACUCGAGUGUGAACAGUUGCGAAGGGAUUUGGAAAUGCACAAAGAUACAAUAACUCACUAUCAGAAUAUCAUCAAUGAGGGUAAUCGGCUUCGUGAUGAUUUGAGAGAAGAACUAAUUCGUGUUCGGAAGGAAGCUGCUAUCGCUCGAUCACGGUUAGCUUCAGCGACAACUCAACGUCCUGUCAACAGUCCAGUUACCAGUACUCCGCAUGCUCCUAAUCAUCACCAUCCCUUCGAUGAAGCCGAUAAAAUGGCUACAACAAUGAUGGUCAUGACCGAUCAUGCAGAGCUUAGUCAAUUACAUGAUCUACCUCCUCAAGAUGCUAUAAUUCAACUACGAACGCAAAUAGAACACCGUAUUAGGUUGUCCGAGUCUCUGAAAUCUGAAGUUAAAAGCCUGAGAGAAACAAUAAGAGGGAUGCUUGAAAAGGAAGUUGCUCAAUCUCAUAUUAUUGACUCAAUACGAACAGAAUUCAAAACCUUAAUUGAACCUUUUUGGAGUUUAUUACAAAAGAAUUACGAUUUAAAUCAAAUGAGAUCAUUAAAUGCAGUAUUAAAUAUCCACUGUAUAACACGAAUAGCUAAACUACUUACUAUUGCAAUUCCUGACCACGUAACUAUGGAAUUAUCUCAAUUCACUGACUGUCAUCCGGUUGUUUCAGAUAAUAAAUCUCAGAAAUUGGAUAAAAAAGCCUCAAAGUCAGUGAAUAGUUCCGCUGUGGCUGAAUCACCGAAGAAAGAUUUUAACAAAUCAAAUGAAAACAUUCACCUUAUUAAUUCUCUAGCUAAGCCUUCAAUUGAUCAAAAAGCUUUUGAAAUGGAUAAAAGUUUUAAUAAAACUUCCACAGUCAAAAGAGACAAACCAUCUAUAAAUUCAGAUAAAGUAGAUUUAGAUGAAUUUGGCCAAGAUGAAAUAAUAAAAAAUGAUCCACCUUGUGAAAUAGAUAAAGUAGAAUUAAUGUCUGAUUACUCAUCAAGUGAGAGUAGUAGGUGUGGUAGUUUGAAAUUUCCUGAUAUAUCCUCCUCCUCUUCUGAUCAUGAUGACGAUGGCGAUGGUGCUUUUAAUAAUAAUGACAAAAACAAAAGUUGGAAUACUAAUAACAACGAUAAUGACAACAAUAAUGGUAAUUAUAAUAAUGAUAAAGCUUCGCCUGAGUCUUCCGAAGAUAUAUUUCAGGAUCAAAAUGUAAUUAUUCAAUCUCCUCUUCAUCAAUUGAAUAUCACAACCAAUGAAUCGAAUGGUCUCAAGGGUAAUUCAAUAAAUAUUAGUUCACUGUCUUGUAAUGAAACGUCUAACAAUGGUUUUCAUUCUCCUGUGAUUCUGAACUAUGUUCAACCUGAUGAAAACACAGUUUCUGGCUUACAAUCAAGACAUGAUAAAAGCGAUUCUAAGUCAUUGAAGCAAGAUUUAAUCAUUUCAGAAGUGUCAUCAGGUGGAAAUGUUACGGAAAAAAAUAAAGGUGAAAAUGAAAUGACCAAUUGUUCCAAUGCAAAAACUUUAAACUCCUCAAGUAUUUCAAAAUCUUCUGAAAAAUCCCAUAAAAUGGUUACUCGAAGUAGAUUAAAAAGUAAUUCUCAAGUAAUUGACUCUUCACUGAUUACAUCAUCUUUUCAUUCUAAUGAUAAUUUUCCAGUUAAUCUAUGUGAGAAAUCAUCAGAUCCCAAAGCUAAAUUGAUUUUAGAAGAAACAUCAUAUUUGGAAACAUCGACUAAGCCACUUGUACAACAAAUAAAGAAAUUAGAAAAUAAGCGCUCUAAAACAAACGUAACAUUAGAUGAUAAUGUUUCCUCUCGUGUGUUGACCUGUCCUUCGACGCUUUCUCGUAGUUCAAAUUGUCCUGCAUUAUCAUUAUCAACAUCACUUAAAUCUGAUGUUCAACUAUUUUCAUUAUUAUCAGAUAAGUAUUCAUCUGAUAUUUUACGGUGGUGUGAUCGACUGUCUUUAUCAUCUUUCUUGAAUGAAAUCCCAAAAAUCUGUUCUAGUGGUCAAAUAUCGUCUACUUCGACUAACUCUAAAACUCACCUUCAAGUCCCUGUCGUCACUGUCGAAGCUCCACAAACUCAUUCCAGUCCGAUAAAAAACAAACAACUAUGUAAGCUGAAUGAUGGUGAGAAAAUAAAUCGUAAAAGAAAGGUGACCAGUGAAUCUCAUGGUGGGAAAAAAAUGGUACUUGAUUGUUUAUCCACUGAUGUGUCUUUACCGAAGACUGCAAAUCAUAUUAUUACUGAUAAUACAAAACCAGAUCAUCAAUAUGAUGAGUUACAACAAAAAUGUAUUAAUUUCCUAUUAUCAGAUAAAGAUUCAAUCAAAACAGCGCCAACAGAUUUAUCUAAUAAAUUAAAACAAACGAAUAUGCCCAUUCAAAUUAUUUUAUCUUCACUAAAUGCUAUUUUAACUUCAUUCAAUUAUUUAAAUUGUCCUUUACUUUUAAAAUCAAUGGAUGAGAAAUUUGUAUCUUUGUACCAUAGUGUAAGUGUUGAUCAUCAAAUGGAGAUGUUGCAUUGUUAUCAACAAUCUACCGAAUGGUUACUUAAUACCUGUGAUAAAUUCACUGAAAUAACUCAAUAUUCGAUUGCUUGUGGUGUUAUUUUCAAAUUAUUAUCAACUAAUUUAGAUCUUGUUCAAGUAGAAUGGUCUCGACAGUUUUUAAUUCAAUAUCUAAGUCAUUUAUUUCAUCAAGCAUUUACACAACAAAAUUUUGCUUUAUACUUAAUGCCACAUAUUAUAGAUAAUUGUUUAAAUGCAUUUCCUAAUUUAUGGUGUAAUGUGGAAUUAAUCAAAGAUGAAAUUGAAUUUCAUUCGCUUACUCCAGCAGUGGUUGACAAUAAUGAUCACUUUUCAUUUUCCUACAUAACCACUACAUUAAAAACAUUAUUAGCUUGGCAGGAAGCACGAGAAGCACGAAACGCCUGUUUAAAAUCUAAUGUUCAGUCGAAUUCUAACCAGGUAGCUGUUUAUCGUAGACUUCGUCAAAAAGGUUGGUUACCAGCAAAAGCAUCCGAGUCUUCAACACCUAUUGAGAUUCAUAAUUUUGCAUUCUCUCAACAAGCUCAUCGUAUUCGCUGUUUAUGCCUUAGACUGGUAGAUACAUGUUUAAAUGUGUGUCGUGAUCAUAUCACAGAUGAUUCUUCAACACAUAUGACGAUAUUGUCUAAGACGGUGGUUGAUUUAGAUAUUAUUUAUUCCUUAAGAUUAAUUCUAUCUGCAAUGGCUUUUGUUGUUGGUGAAGAGGCGAUGAUCGGUUUCCAUGAUGAACAACCCGCCAAUGUUUCUUCAAGAUCUAGAAAUCAUCAACGUACACGGAGAUAUCGACAAGUGGAACGACACCGACAGCAUGGUUUGUUUGGUUGGCUUCUCACGGGUCGACUACUUCCAUGGUUAACAAAGUGUUUGAAAAUGAAAGAUUUGUCAUCAAACAAUGAUAUAUUGAGUCUUAUCAGUCGUUUAAGCUGUUUAAUUACAGAUAUCAUUAUCUAUGGUUCACAUUUAUUCAAAACUAAUAAUCCUGGGAAACAAUGUAAUUCAUUAAAACAAUUAAUAUUUGAUGCUGGAAAUCAACUUUUAAAUAUACUAAAUCAUAAUAAAUCAAAAGAAAUUAUGAAUAAUCAAUUAUUAUUCACUUAUAUAACUUGUUCCAUUCGUUUAAUUGCUUUUAAUCCAAAAUUAAUUAUUCAGUUUAUUGGUAAAUUACCAUUGGAGAUAAUAGUUAAAUUUAUUGAACAAAUAAAUCAUAAUGAAUUAUUCUCUUAUCUAUGGCCAUCCUCGUCGUUGUCGUCGUCAUCAUCAUCGUCAUUGUCAACAAUAUCCUCUAUAACACAUUCUUAUUCAUUAAAAGAUCUAAUUGAACAAUCUAUUUCACUUGUAAAUAACUGUAAUAAUAAUGAUUCCGAGUUAUCUGCUGAACUGUUACAACAAUAUACUCAAACAUGUCAAAUAAUUUUAACUAAACUAUCAUUGUAAAUCUCUAUUUGUUUAAAGAUAAUUUAUUAAUUUCUACAUUUUUUUUUAGUAUUUAAAAGUGUAUAGUUUUGUAAAUUUUUGAGUUCAUUCUUUGUACAUAAAAAGAAAAAGGACUAGUCAUUAUUUUGUAUGUCAAGAGACAACAAAAAACAACAACUGUGUAUUUGUAUAUUCACACUAUUAUUUUCUUGUACUGGAUCUUACUUGUAAUAUGUACUUUUAAUGUUAUGGACAUUUAUCAGAAUUGUAAAAAUACACCAAUUGUCUUAUUGCAAGUC